AUGAAAUACACGAUCCACAAGGACCUUCUCACCUCCGCUUCUCCCUUCUUCGCCGCAGCGUUGGGGAGCACCUUCGCGGAAGGUAUGGAGCAGACGGUCCGUUUGCCGGAAGAGAAGCCGGAUAUCUUCGAAUGGUUCCUGCAGUGGCUUUACACGGGCAGUCUGACUACACCGCAUAAUGGCGCCUACGGCAGUCCGAAGUACUUCCUCCUCAUCGACCUGUAUGCGCUUUCGGACCGCUUGCUCACGACGACGUUGUCGAAUGAUAUCCUAUCCACCAUCGCGAGGCUGUCGGAGACGACCAACUCCGUCCCUACGCCGAGCGACACGUUUAUCCUCUACGAUAGCAUUCGCGAUACUUCGCCCUUGCGCACGCUUAUAUUGGAUCUCUUCGCGUACAAGAAGACGGACAAGCUGCUUGAGACGCACAAGGACGAUUGGCAUCCCCGCUUUCUCCGCGAACUGGUCGUCAAGCUCAAGCGGCCAGGACCGGAGGCGAUUGAGCGGCAUAGUUUGGAGGCUUGGCGGCCGCGGAGCUGGAGCAGUACGAAGGGUUGUGAGGGGUGUAAGGAGGCGUGUCGGCCGAACGUGAGUGCCGAUCGGUGCGCAUUGUGCGAGAAGGUGUUUUGCGGGGAUUGUCUGAGACGGCACGGUGGAGCGGCGCAGGGAGGGUGGUGUUUGCCGUUGGAUACCAGUGGGUGCAAGCCGUGGAUGGGUCGGAAUUUGUGUUUGAGGUACCAUGAGCAUGUCGAUGGGGAUAGUUGUCGGUAG